UAUGUUGCGAUAGUUGUGCACUCUCUGAGAUGUUUCCUGUCAACAAAAGGCAAAUGGAGGAUCAUUAUGACAGAUAAAGAAACGGACAUUCUUACUUGUGACAGGACUGGAGUUUGAGCCUAUGUACUUGAUAAGUAUUGGAAGACUCUGUCGGCCAGCAUGACCUUUCACCAUGAAUUACACGGAGUCCAGCCCAUUGGCAGGUUCUGCCUUGGCCAUGGGAAGCGUCACACCCGUGCCUUCCAAUGGGACCACUUGUGAGAACUGGAGAGAGGUCCAUCAUCUGGUGUUUCAUGUCGCCAACAUUUGUUUAGCCAUUGGUUUGGUGAUUCCAACCACUCUUCACCUCCACAUGAUACUGCUGAGAGGGAUGUUGUCUGUAGGAUGUACCCUUUAUGUAGUCUGGGCCACUCUCUACCGAUGUGCCUUGGAUAUAAUGAUCUGGAACUCAGUGUUCUUGGGUAUCAAUAUUUUGCAUCUUUCAUAUCUUUUGUACAAGAAAAGACCGGUCAAGAUUGAAAAGGAACUGGGCGGCAUCUAUCACCGAUUGUUUGAACCACUCCGUGUCCCUCCUGAUUUGUUUAAAAGGUUAACUGGACAGUUUUGUAUGAUCCAGACCUUGCAAAAGGGCCAGACUUACGCCACAGAGGAUAAAACUUCAGUUGAUGAUCGUCUUAGUAUUCUUCUAAAGGGGAGAAUGAAGGUCUCCUAUCGUGGACAUUUCCUGCAUAACAUUUACCCCUGUGCCUUCAUAGAUUCCCCAGAAUUCAGAUCAACCCAGAUGCACAAAGGGGAGAAAUUCCAGGUCACCAUUGUUGCAGAUGAUAACUGCAGGUUCUUAUGCUGGUCAAGAGAAAGACUGACUUACUUUCUGGAGUCCGAGCCUUUCCUGUAUGAGAUCUUCAGGUAUCUUAUAGGAAAAGACAUAACAAACAAGCUCUACUCACUGAAUGAUCCUACCUUAAAUGAUAAAAAAGUUAAGAAAUUGGAGCCCCAGAUGAGCCUGUGCACACAGAUCUCCAUGCUGGAGAUGAGGAACAGCAUCGCUAGCUCCAGUGAUGGCGAGGAAGGCCUCCACCACUUCCUGCGGAGCUCCUCCAGCACAUCCUCUCUCCCUGUGUCCUCCCCGCAGCAGCGAGCGUCCGGCAAGAUGAAGCCAAUAGAGGAAGGGGUGGAAGAUGACGACGAGGUCUUUGUACAGGUGUCUGCAGAUCCACUUAGAGUCCAUCAGUUGCACUGAUGAGCCUUUAAGUGACCAAGAUGGAAGCCGUCCUGACAAGAAGUACUGUGACGUGACUUUUAGGUGGUCGCUUCAGUCCUGCCAGAUGGGAAGUGAGGGAGGGCCCCAGUCGGAAAUUGUGGGCCGCCUGCCCGGUCGGUUAGCUCCUUGAGUUAGCCGAGCCUUCUGACGAGGCCUUGUUUGAUUUUGAGAUACGUAUUUUCUCAGUAGAUAUAUUAAUAUUAUUUUAAUUAAUCUUAGAGCUGUCAACACAAAUGCCUUUUCACUUAUUUUUCUAAGUGUGCCUCUUUUUUUCUCACGUGUAUCUUUUUCUCUAUCAUGGUAAUUCAGAACAAGUUGUUCUUUUGGUCAUUAUAACGAUGUAAGUUGAAAUUGAGGCUGACACAACAUUAAAAAUUUUACCUUUUGUUCAGUUGACUUUUUCAUGGCAAAUUUUAGAGAAAGUUUGCUUUGUCUGGUUCUGUUUCCUGCCCCGAGACCAGAAGUGCCCCACUAUGCCAACCUGCUCGUUUGGCUUGUGGAUCAGCUGGUAGUGACCGCCCUCCUCCGAGUGUGCCCGAAUGACACUCAUCCCUGCCAUUACCCGUGACUCGAAGCGUGGGCCCGCAGCGCCAGGAAGUGUGAGCCUUUCUGAGCUCAGUGCCAACUUGCAGCUGGACUCAACUUUCUGCCUUGUUGUUUGGAGCCAUCCCUGCCACCUGCUCAGAUGUGGGCGAGGCCUCAUGCUAGAGGAAGUCAGGGGAGACGGGCUGAGCAAUACAUAGGCUGGGUCGCAGACAUAAGCUUUGCCCUUUAGUCCAUGUCUGUGAGCCCACAUUGUGCCUCUGGAAGCGGAUGCACUGAGCCAGACACAGUGGUUCGCACCUGUAAUGCCAGCACUUGGGGGGUUAAGGCAGGAGGACAGAGUUUGAAGCACAGCUGGGGAGGGAGCAGACAGUUCACCUGUGGCCACAGGCGUCUAACCUGGGUAUGCUGAGGGGGCCUCCAUACAGAUCGUUCCUUCCUGCUAGCCACAUUCUUAAGGAUGGCAGUAGACUUGGUUGUGCCCAAGUCGUUCCGCUCCUGCAGCAGUGGCACGCGGGCGCUCAGCCAAGACCGCGGGUUGGCUAUGCUAGUCAGUUUGUCUUAUCUGCUGAAACCAACUGGAGCCAGCUCCGUGUCAUGAAAAGUUCGGAAUGAAUCUUCUUUGGGGGUGAACUAAGCCUAACACGAAAAGGCAGAAUGACGUCACUGAACAAGCGCUUAAUUCUGGAAAUCUAAAGACAGAGGUGAAUCAGCCUUGACUGAGGCCAAGGCUGCAACCAGGGGCCACUUUCUCCAUUAGCCCACGAGAGAUGUGGUAGAUAGUGUGGAUCUGUUUCCAUGAACCUACUUAGCUCCCCCCCCCCCCCCCCACACACACAUGAGGCUAAUUUACAGUCACUCUGGAAAUGGCGCUUCCCAGAGAAGACGGGAAUAUCAGAUUCCACUGGGGCCAAAGUCUUCAUGUGCGGUGACUGCAUAGACUGUUCCACCCCAGAGGGUAGAAAAGGUGACCUCCGCUGAUCGGCUGGAAUCUAGCUGAGGUGUCUGGAGUGCUGGGAGUGAAACUGUGUGAAAAGUGCUCUGUUAAACCUGGGUAAUUUAGAGUCCUUUACUCUUCUCAUGGAAACGUGCUUAUCAGUGUCACUGAUAGCGAAGAUCAUAAUCUCAUGGCGAGGAAUCUUCAGAGAGCCACUUAGUCUGAGUAAGAAACCUGAAACUGUUU